AAUCCCACAGGGACGCGAUAAUCUGCCCUGGUACGGGCUGUCGGUAUAAAUUCACGUCGCGGCCUUCCCUUCGCACCAGUGACCGACCAUGAAGGCUGUAGUGCUGUGCCUGCUCCUCGCCGGGGCCCUCGCCGCCCCCUCCAGGAAGCCCACCUUCCGCCGCGGUCUGAACAAGAUCGUGGGAGGAACUGACGUCACUCCUGGUGAGCUUCCUUACCAGCUCAGCUUCCAGGACAUUUCCUUCGGCUUCGCCUUCCACUUCUGCGGCGCCUCCAUCUACAACGAGCAGUGGGCCAUCUGCGCCGGUCACUGUGUCCAGGGCGAGGACAUGAACAACCCCGAUUACCUUCAGGUUGUUGCUGGAGAGCACAACAGGGAUGUGGAUGAGGGCAACGAGCAGACCAUCAUCCUGUCCAAGAUCAUCCAACACGAGGACUACAACGGUUUCUCCAUCAGCAACGACAUCUCCCUGCUCAAGCUGUCUCAGCCUCUGACCUUCAACGACUACGUGGGCCCCAUUGCCCUUCCCGAAGCAGGUCAUGCUGCCUCUGGUGAAUGCAUCGUGUCCGGCUGGGGCGCUCUCUCUGAAGGAGGAAGCUCCCCCAGUGUCCUCCAGAAGGUGUCCGUUCCCAUCGUGUCUGACGCCGAAUGUCGCGAUGCUUAUGGCCAAAACGACGUUGAGGACUCCAUGAUCUGUGCCGGAGUGCCCGAGGGCGGCAAGGACUCGUGCCAGGGUGACUCUGGCGGCCCCAUGGUUUGCUCUGACACCGGCUCCCCCUACCUGGCCGGCAUCGUGUCCUGGGGCUACGGCUGUGCCCGUCCCAACUACCCUGGCGUCUACGCCGAAGUUGCUUACUUCGUUGACUGGGUCUUGGCUAAUGCUGUCUAAAUGAUCAUCAAAAUUACAUAAAGUAAAGAUUGAAAUUCAGA